GAAACUUACUUACUGACUAGUUGACAGACUCAAGUAUCAGAUCCAGAUCUGAUCUUCAUCCAACUUGGCUCCGAGUUCUCAAUGGUCGAGCAGGCUCUGGCUAGGCUAGAAAACACUGGCCUCCAGCUUGGCGCGCAUCUUCCCGUCUCCAACUCGCGGGCUUGACACCCACCACAGCAAUGGAAGGGAGCGUUGCUUGUUGCUGGCACAUGUUCGCCCUAAGCCUCAUCUUCUCCCUCGCGAUGAAAUUCUCUGUCUGCAGCUUGGACGACGGCUGCCUGCUAUCUCCUCUUCUUCUUCUUCUACUUCUCCACACCACUAGCGCCACCUCUUCGCAGAAACCGAGUUCGGGGAUCAGCUUCUUCUUGCGAUUGGUGUCGUCGGAGUUUCGCAUUCUACGACGUAUAGGACGCCCCAGCUUGUUGAGUGUUUGUUGUCUUCUUGUUGUGGGUGUAUGUAUGGGCCCAGAAGAAAGAAACACCGAUAGUGAAUGGCUCCCGGAAAGUACCUUCCGACUUGGCAGGUUCGCGUCACUUGGACUGACGCGUCGUCGUCCGAACUUUGAGGUCCGCCUCUUCCACUCACUUUUUUCUACCUACGAGCGCUGGCACUUCUUCUGGACUGGACCGUGAGGGGCGAGCCAAAGAGUCAAAGAGCUAGCUGCCUUGCACGGCCAACGACAGUGUGGCCUUGCCGGUGGUUUCAGCGAGAUUGAA